AUGGGGGACGCGAUCUCAGCUCCACAUCCGGCAUUUCGCUCGGCGCUCAGGCGAUUGAGGGAGCCGCGGUUCUUGGCGGUGUUCUUGGCAUGGAAUCUGGCCGCCAUAGCAGCUGAGGUGGGAUCAGGGAUCGCGGCAUUCGAACUGUCGGCUCCCAAGCUCCAGCACCGAGUGUGGGAGACGAUCGUGUUUCCCUUGUCGCUGCCUCACGCCGUGGCGAUGGCAUUCCUCGCAAAGAGGGACCAUCGCGUGCUCGCGGGCUGUUUUCUCGGCUUCUACGGCGUGGAGAUGUACUACUGUGGCAUGGGAGGAGGCGAUCGAAGAGGAUUCACGGCCUUGAGGCUUGUGAUCUUGUUCGUGGUGGCAUCGCUCCAAGCGGCCGAGACGUACCUGUGUAGCUGCUUGCUCCGGAGAUUUCUUUGCCUGGAGCAGUCCAAGGUGGUGCCGACGAUCGAUUCCAAGAGAGACGCGAUGCUCUUCUUCGGGAUCGUCGUGACCAUCUCCGCCAUCUUUGAGGCAUCCGUGGCGCUCGUCGCCGGCGUUGGACGACUGGUUCUCUGGGCCGAUUUCAUGCCAUUUUGGAUGACUUGGUGGCUGGGAGUGGUGGCUGGGAUCAUCACCGUGUCUCCAUUUCUCAUCCACUGCUUGGUUUGGAGGCCGCAGAGGAAGUUCCUCAAGCCCGCGAAGAUGGUCGAAGGUUUCGCGGUGAUGGUGGUGACGCUGGGACUCUUGGUUGUGAUCUACACAGUGACCAUCUACACUUACUUCAAGCCGCUGCCUUAUUUGAUCUUCCCGGUGAUCCUCUACACGUCCUUUCGUUUCAACAGGCUCGGCUGGGCUUUGGUGGUGGCUUCGUCUUCCUUGUUCGUUGCUUGGGCGACCGUGAGGAGGAAAGGCGCUCUUUACAGCAUCUCCGGGGCCAGCCGCGUGGAGCCCCGGCUGUUGAUCCAGAUCGAGCUCUUUGUGUCCGUUGGUGCGCUUGUGGCGAUCUCUCUCGCGGCAGCUGUGAGGGAGAAGCGCCACCUUUCCAAGAAACUCGAGAGGCUCAACGAGAGACUCGAGGUUCUAGUGCUGCAAAGAACUACUCAGUUGCUUAAGGCGAACGAGGAGUUGACGGCCUCUCGGACGGCCGCAGAACAGGCAAGCCAGGCAAAAUCAGACUUCCUUGCGAACAUGAGCCACGAGAUCAGGACUCCGAUCCAUGGAAUACUCGGCAUGUCGGCACUGGUGCUGGCCACCGGUCUUACUGAAGAACAGAGAGAUAACAUGACCACUGUCAAGGACUGCGCAGAUAUGCUGCUACACCUUAUCAACGGGAUUUUGGACGUUGCUAAGAUCGAGGCUGGUCGUUUUGAGGUGGAGCUCGUGUCCUUCAACCUUUGUCAUGUUAUCAAGAGCACUUUGCACAUUCUGGAGCCCCGCGCGAGGGAGAAGCGGCUCUGGCUCAAAUGGGACGUUGAUGCUAGAGUUCCGACUGUUUUAGUCGGGGAUUCCGGGAAGCUGAGACAUUGUCUACUGAAUCUUGGGGUAUGUCCAAGUGACGGUUGCUCCAUACAAAGCACUGACCGAGUUAUGGCGCUCACGGAAAGGAAGUUCGUUUUUGUACCUCACUGCACUGUCAAGAAUCAACCGCGAACGGUAUCCGAUGGUGCACAGAUGAAGCUGGUGUUUAGAGUAUCUGACAGCGGUAUUGGGGUCAGCAGAGACAAGCUCUCAAAUAUCUUCAAGCCGUUCACUCAAGCAGACCCCUCGAUCUCUCGCUUGUAUGGAGGCACGGGACUGGGUCUUUGCAUCGUCCAAAGAUUUGUGGAGCUUAUGGGAGGUCAAAUAUGCGUUGAGAGUGAAUAUGGUACUGGUAGCACCUUUUGUAUUCUGCUUCCAUUUUAUUUGAUCGAAGGAACCAGAGUCGAAGAGACAUCAAACUACGAAGCACCAGAGGCGCCGAGUGAAAGUGCAGUGGAUGAAAGUAAAGUCAUGGCCUCACCAAACGAGGAGCUUAUAAUUCCAUCACCAACAACACCAAAACCAACAAUAAAGCCAGCUAAAACGUCCCCGACUACGACGCCGCCGCUGUCACCCACAAGAAAGCGUGUACUUCUCGUGGAAGACAACUUAGUGAACCAGAAAGUUGCAUCACGACUGCUGCAAAAAUACGGUCAUGUGGUGAUCACGGUUUCAGAUGGGCUCGAAGCUGUCGAGGCGCUCAAGUCAGAUCACAAAGCAUACGAUCUCGUGCUCAUGGAUAUACAGAUGCCUGGAAUGGAUGGUUUGGAAGCAACACGGCGGAUAAGAAAGGACGAGUUGGGCUCUGGAUGGCAGAAGAUCCCGAUUAUAGGACUCACGGCAAACGCAAUGAAAGGCUACCAAGAUAUAUGCUACGAAGCGGGUAUGGAUGGUUAUUUGCCAAAGCCUUUCGAUAUCAAACAGGUGCUAUCGACUAUACGGGAUGCCUCUAUGUCUAAGGAGACACGCAUUGACAUCAAGGACGAUUGA